GAACCGUCCAUUGGUUCUUGGCCAACAUCCCACAGUUUAUCUCUCUUCCCUUUCCCAUAACAAGGAGGAGACGGUCCGCUUCAAGAGACCAGAGAGAGUCCCCGGAAUCUCAAUUCCUCUGCAAAGUCUCCGUCGAAACAGAAGAAGGGGAGAAGGAGAAAUGGGUGUUAGCAGUUGUUUGUGGUGUUGUAGACCAGUGGUUGUGGCCAAAUCGAUGGGUAAGGAUUUAGGAUUCGUGUCGACGAGGAGGGUGACAUUUGGUGGUGGAAUUCUUCCUGCAAGGUGGAAGGGUUCGAGGGUUUCCGGUGUCAGGGCUUCUACUGUUGAUUCAUACGAGAGUUCUUCUAAUUUCGUCAAGCGCAUGGAACAAGCCUGGUUAAUCUCUCAGCAACCAAGGCCCAUUGCUUGUUGUUCUUGUGACUCAACGGGGCAUGUUGAAUGCAAAUGGUGUGGUGGUACGGGCUUCUUCAUUCUUGGCAAUAACAUGCUCUGCCAAGUUCCUUCCAGAAAUACAAGUUGUGUGAUUUGUUCUGGAAAGGGUUCGAUGUGCUGCGCAGACUGCAAAGGAACAGGAUUCCGGGCCAAGUGGUUAGGGGAACCUCCUAUUUCCAAGCAGUGAGCGAUUCACUAAUUAUUUUGUCAGACUCCAUUAUUUCCAUGUAGUGAGCGAUUUACUAAUUAUUUUGUCAUAGACUCCAUUAUGUUAAUCACAUUUGGUAUUCUUUUUCUCAGCUAAUUGGAAAAAUCAUGUAUUGCAUUAUAUGGAAAAUUGAAAAAGAAUGAACACAUGAUAGUUUU